AUGUCGGGCGAGGCGCUGGCGGCCCGGCCCUGUCGCCGGGCGCCCCGGCUGAUCGCACGGCCCGCCCCUCCCCGCGCGGCUCUCCCGCGCUCACUCCAGGGUCGACGUCAGGGCCGGAGUCGCUCCUGGGAUCCCGCGGCCACCCCCGCCCGCAAACGCCCGCCCAGCCCGACCUACUCACCGCGGCUCCGCGGGGCCCGCCCGGGGCCGCGGCUGCCCCGGCUCCCGGCGCGCAGGACGCCCUCCCCAACGACCCCUAGGGCGCGCUCGGCCUCUCCCGCGAGCCGGGCACCCAGGCCCGGCCCCGCCAGCCCCAGGGGCGGCCCCUUCCGGAGGGCGGCCUCCCGGCCGAGUGCGCGGUCCUCAGCCGCACCGCACGCCUUCCCCAGCUCGCGCUUCGCGGACUCGACUCGGAGUCUUCGGGCGCCGCGGAGAAAUGCCUGCCCCAGAAAGGGAGGGGGCAGAAGAAAAAGACGAGAGGGAGGGAGUUCUCGGGCCUGGUCCCUUUACUGGGGUCAGUCUGGCGAGUCCCUCACCGACCCAAGGACAAAGCUGGCCAAACCCACCUGCCGGCUGCUUGCCCCAGGGCUGGCUUCCAGGCCAAGGGCACGUAGAGGUCAGAGGCUCCCCAGAAGCCACGUCUGCCCUGAAAAACCUAAGGUGUAUCAAGGUGUCCGGGUGAAGAUCACAGUGAAGGAGCUGCUGCAGCAGAGAAGGGCACACCAGGCAGCCUCGGGGGGAACCCUGUCCGGAGGCAACAGUGUCCACCUUUCAGACCCAGUCCCACCAUCUUCUGCAGGACAGUAUUUUGAGCCUGAACCAAUUCCUUCCACACCCAAUUAUUUCCAACCCCGAGAAUUUUCCAGUUGUGUUUCUUGUGAAGAAAAUCCAGACUUCCUCGACCAGAUAUUUGAUUCCUACCUUCAGACAGAGACACACCCGGACCCUUCGCCCAGUUCCAUGCAAAGUACUCCACACUAUUUCCCAGACAGCUUCCAGCCUGCCCCUUUCUGCUUUAACCAGAGCCUGACCCCAGGAUGGCCUUCGGAUUCCUCCACUCUCUCUGGUUCCUUAGACUACAGUUACUCUCCUGCUCAGCUACCUUCAUAUACUCCAGAGAAUUACACCUCUCCCCCUUCUCUGGACACCAGAAACUGUGGCUACCCCUCGGAAGACUACUCCUACCCUCACCUGCCCUCACACACCCAGUACAACUGCUUCUCCUCUGCCACCGCCUCUGUCUGCUGCUGUGCGUCCUGCGAGGCAGAACACUUGGACACCUUCAGAGCUUCAGAGUGUAUUUCUUACCCCAGCACAGACUAUGUGAACUUCACUCCCUCAGCAGCAGCAAGCAGUGAUUUCUGUAGGAGGGAAACAAACUGGGACAUCUGCUAUAGUUAAUAGAAAUCACAUUAGUUUGGAACAUGGCAUGCAUACAUCUAUUUUUUUACCACCUCUAGAUGACAACUCAAAAUAUGCAACCUGCUAACAAAAUAUCACAGGCGCAGUUUACAUGUCACCAUUUUCGAUUUUCUAACACUAAUUUAGGCAUUAAUAUGAAAUUCAGACCCAGUCAUAGUGCCACUCCUACUUUGUACGCUUACAGUUAAAAUUGUUGUAGGGAAUAUUCGUUUUACUUUCUGUGUAAUGAACAAAUUAUAAUUUUUUAACUAAUAAAUAAUUUUGUAUUAUUAA